AUGACUUUUGCACCUCCAGCUGCUGACCUUGACUGGUCCAAACUCGGCCUCGCCGUGACCGACAUCGUAAACGGCCACGUCGAAUGCCACUAUGACCCUACCACCCAAACCUGGGGAGCGCCUACAUUCGUGAAAGACCCCUACCUACGCGUUCACGGUCUCUCCACCGGCCUAAACUACGGCCAACAAAUUUACGAAGGCCUCAAAGCCACCCGCUCCCCCACCAACGAGAUCCUCCUCUUCCGGGCCCCCAAACACGCCUCUCGAAUGGCCCACUCCGCCUCCACCGUCUCCAUCCCCCCCAUCCCAGAACCCCUCUUCCUCGACGCCGUCCGCCUCGCCGUCUCCUCCAACGCCGCCUUCGUCCCCCCCUACUCCAGCAACGCCGCGCUCUACAUCCGACCCCUCGCCUUCGGCACAGGCGGGCACUUCGCCCUCACCCCACCCUCCAACUACCUCUUUGCCGUGUAUGUCCAACCCUUUGGAACCUACCACGGGACUCACGCGGCCGACGCCCUCGUCAUCGAGGAAUUCGAUCGCGCGGCGCCCCGCGGAACAGGGAACGCAAAGGUAGGUGGGAAUUAUGCGCCGGUGAUACGGUAUACGGAGAAGGCGAGGGGGGAGGGGUUUCCGCUCACGUUGCAUUUGGAUAGUGCGUUGCAGAGGGAUGUGGAUGAGUUUUCGACGAGUGGGUUUUUGGGCAUCGUCAAGGAGGUUGUUGAAGGUGGGGGGGAGAAAGUGACGAUCGUGGUGCCGGAUAGUGGGAGUGUGAUUGAGAGUGUUACUAGUGAUUCGGUGUUGGGGAUUGCGAGGGUGCUUGGGUGGGGGUUGAGAGGAGGAGGGUAUAUUCCCUGGGAUACAGUGGGCCAGUUCACCGAGGUGAUGGCUGCGGGUACUGCAGCGGCGGUGGUCCCGAUUCGGUCGAUUACGAGAAAGUCGACCGGGGAGAAAUUGGAGUUUGAGAGUGGGCCGUUGUGUUUGGAGUUGUUGACGAGGUUGAGGGAGAUUCAGAGGGGGGAGGGCGGGGUGGAGUUUGAGGAUUGGGUGGAGGUUGUGAAGGCGCCGGAGACGGUGUAUGAGAAGUAUGCUGUUGGGAAGAAGGGUUUGAAUGGGGUUGCUAAUGGGGUGUUGAAUGGGGUUCAUUGA